AUGAAGACUUUAAAACAGUUGCACUGUAAUAUUGGAGUAAGGAUUUUGCAGCCCAGAAGCUGCUGGAGUGUGUCCGCCAUCACCGUGCUUUCCUUUUGCAGUGUGAGUUCAAGCUCGCUCCCUAAUGGGAUUGAUGGGAGCAGGUCAGAUCACUUGAUGGAACUAUCAGAAUAUGUUUCAAGACCUGGGUUACAAAGAGACAAUGCUUCCUCUCCAGUUAACUGCCAGUGGGAUUCCUGGCCCUGGACAGAAGGCAGUGGUGGCACUGAGGCUCUCACUUGUAGGCAGUCAGUUGUUGUUUAUGGCCAAUAUGAGGGCCAAUCUUGUGCUGGACAUGCUUUUGAAAAACCUUACAGUGCUCUCACUGGUCAGUUUAGGGACAAAGUCAUGAAUACCAAAAGUUUUGGUGGUCACUGCAGAAGAGUGUUCAGUGUGAAUGGAAAAGAUUUCUAGCUGAGCAGAAAUGUCCUUUCUUAUACAUUCCAGAAUUAUCACUUGUUGGUCAUUCAGAACACUGUGGAAGUGACUCAGCUAGUUAAUAAACCAGAAGUUUUACAACUGGCUGAGCCAUUCUGGAAGGAACUCUCCCACCUUCCUUGUGACUAUAGCACCUACAGAAGAUUAAUUAACCAUUAAAGGACACAUUAUCUGCAGUCUGGGUCCUUGGGAGGAGAAUAUAAGGUUGUAUUCUACGUGGACUCAGGAAAAAUCAAAGUGAUACAAACAGGUGAGCUGCAUUAUUACCAGCAGUGCUUCCUACCAUUUAUUGAGAUGGGUGCUGUGAUCCCUGUUCCACAGAGUGAUCUAGACAUAGGAACUGAGAGCAGUGUGUUGAAAGGAUCACCGUUUGUUAGAGAGGGAAGUGCAGCCCUCAGAUGGGGCCUUAGUUUCCUGAAUCUGAACAAUCCUGCUGAGAACAAAAUGAGAUAUUCUGCCUGGGCAGAAUCUGUACCUAAUCUUCUCGAAGUCAUAAAACAAAAAAUAGAACCUCUAUAUAAGUUGGUACAGGAAGUACCUUGGGCUUCUGUGAAAAGAGUGUAUCUGAAAUGGGUUCUUGAAGAGUCCCUGGAUGUGUUUGACCUCUGCCAUUGCCGGCAGUGGCGUGGCCAUUGUUGGGGGACCCAGUGUCAGUGCCACUGCAAACCACACAAAAAUGUGGGGUGUGAAAAAGGAGUCCUCAUAGGGAAUUGGAUUGGGCAGGUUGAUGGAGGUUGAAGUUGCUGGUUCUCAUGGAGCCUCUCUCUUCAAGGGAAAGAAACAAAGACCUGAGAAUAUAAUAACCCAUAUCCCAGUGUGGAUGGGAAGUCCUGCAUUGAAGAGACAACUGAAAGCAGGCAGUGUGAAGAUGAAGAGCUGAAGCAUUGGCAAUUGCUUGAACUACACUGCUCUCCUUUGUCUUUGUUCCCCAAAGAAUUCUAUUCAUCACCUCCUGCAUUGAAAGAAGGUUUUGUUUAGGGUGAAGAUGCCAAGCUUCCUCUUGGGAAAAACAUAGUACAAGCUUGUAAUGAAGGACAUUCUUUUGCUGGAGAUGCUGUUGCCAGAUGUGGAGAUUUACACUGGAUUGUUGGGGAAAUGCAUUGUCAGAGAAUUUGCUGUGUUCUAUGUGCACUGAUGAAUGGUGUACAGACUCAUCCUCACAAGCCUUUCUACACCAUUUGUGAGAAGAUGACUCCUUGUUCAGGUGGUGUGUCCUUAGAAGGUGCUUCCAUAUUUCUUAGUGGCUCCAGUCUUAAGUGGAGCCCUGACAUGAAGAAUGUUUACUGUGUGCAAAUAGACGCUCCCUUAGCACAGGCAGCACCUACAUUUCAGCUCUGGGAGAGGCAGAGUUCAAGAUGUGUUUGUAAAAUGCCCUGUGAAUGUGGAUCUUCCUUGGAUGUGUGUGCCUAAGAUGAGAGAAGCAAAAGGAUAUUGCUGCCUCUGACAAUUUGCAAGAUGCUUCUCUACUGUCGGGGUAGAAACUACACUCUGGCUGGAAGGGGCAGCUGUUCUCUGCCUGCCCUGGCCCAGCAAGCUUGUGGUACGCAUCCACUCUGGGGAAAAUGUGAUGGUAAGGGGAAUUUCAUCGACAGCUAUGUCUGCCAAGAAGCAUCAGAGCGCCAGGAGCAGGGGUUUAACAUCUGUGUGGAAGUGCAUGGCAAGGAGUAAACGAUGUUCGAGUGUGAAGCGGGCACGCUUAGAUGCAGAGGGCGGAGCAUCGCCGUUAUCCAGUGUAAAGGCCUGUGCUGA